ACGGGAGCUGGCUGGGCUGAGGGCCGCGGGGCCGGCGCCCGCCGCGAGCCAUGGGGCUGCCGGCCGCGUAGGGGCCAUGCCGCCCGGGCCCCGGGCCUGUCCCGCUCCGCGCCGGGAUGGUGAACCUGGCGGCCAUGGUGUGGCGGCGGCUCCUGCGGAAGAGGUGGGUGCUCGCCCUGGUCUUCGGGCUCUCGCUCGUCUACUUCCUCACCAGCACCUUCAAGCAGGAGGAGAGGGCAGUGAGAGAUCGGAAUCUCCUCCAGGUUCAAGACCACGAUCAGCCCAUCCCAUGGAAAGUGCAGUUUAACUUGGGCAACAGCAGUCGGCCCAGCAACCAGUGCCGGAACUCCAUUCAAGGGAAGCACCUCAUCACGGAUGAACUUGGUUACGUUUGUGAGAGGAAAGAUUUGCUGGUAAAUGGCUGCUGUAACGUCAACGUCCCUGGCGCAAAGCAGUACUGCUGUGAUGGCUGCUUGUCCAAUGGCUGCUGUAGCGCCUAUGAGUACUGUGUCUCCUGCUGCCUGCAGCCCAACAAGCAACUUCUCCUGGAGCGCUUCCUCAACCGGGCAGCUGUGGCAUUCCAGAACCUCUUCAUGGCAGUCGAAGAUCACUUUGAAUUGUGUUUGGCUAAAUGCAGGACCUCAUCCCAGGGUUCUGUUCUUGUUUCCACUGCCCCUGUUGAAAUGACUGGUCUGCUCAGCCGUGGGACAGUGGGAGCCUCAGGAAAGUCAUCUGCUGGGCGGCCGCCUCCUCUUCUGUCAUGAAAACCCCAUCUUAAGGCGAUUCCUCAGUGGAGAUACAUCUCGCAACUGACUGUAAGUGGUCGUCCUUUAUCGCUUUCGGCUUCGGGAGAUGUAAUAGGUACAGACAUUUGGUUUCCCUGUGAUUUACAAAGAAGAACAAAACUCAAGUUUCUGUCAGGGUGCCCUAAGAGACUCACAUCUACCCUCUGUGGACAUUGGAUGUGCAGGCUGCUGGUCCACAUGCUGGAGGCGUCCUGUGUUUCUAAUAUGACACUAACCCUCUCUGGUCAAGGCUGAGAGUAUUUGGUCCUCAGAUCAAGACGUCGUGCCCCUCUUUGCUCUCCGGAGUCACAUUACCGCACACUGUUCUUUCCCAGAGCCCCUCACUAACCCUGGUAUUGGGCAAGGUCUUCCUUGUUCUUUUUCGGUUGUUCAGCGGUUGCCCUCAGAGCAGAGCACGAGCUUUACAGCCCGCUUUCAGCAUUUUUAUUUCAGUGGAGCUUUUUCCUUGGGCCAUGUUUGCCUUCCUGUAUGUUUCUGCAGUCUAUUCAAUGGAAUAAUUUCCCUUAACUCCCUCCUGUUACUUACACUUAUCUUUCCAAAGUAGUUUGUCCCCCUAAGUCAACUUUCUUAGAGGGUGAACUGUCUGGCAGUUGUUUUUAAUGUUAGAUCCCAGGAAAUUAUUCAUUUUGCAUCAGGUUUUUCAGAUUCUGUGUGUGUUCACUGGUGCUAAAUCAGACUGUGUGUGAAAGUAAUGGACACGUCUGCCCAUUUCACCAGCUCAUUACUUGUGGUAACUCAGUCUGUCUCCUGGUAGUUGUCACUGACCAGCGUCUCCUUUGAGCUUAUUUGAACCCUUGGGCAAUAACGUAGAUUUACUGUGAAAACAGUUUAUAUCAAAGGUCAGCCAUACCUGUUUAUUCUGUAUUUGAAUAUUGGCGAGCACGUUUUGCAUUUUCACUGCUUUCACAGCCUCUGCAGCUUAGGUAGAGAAUUAAGCUCGUUUGUUCCCACCUCGUAGAUGAGGAAAUGGAGUGAAGUGACUUCCCUGGGCCCCACGACGGAACCAAAACAGGACCUUCAUCUCCGGCGCCGGGUCCACUGUCCUUCCCACCACCCCUCGCCAGCUCCAACGCUGACUCAUCUGUAAACACUGCUCUGAGAGCAUACAGAUCUUGGUUGUCCAGGCCAGCAGAGGGGAGAGGUGGUAUAAGUAACCAAAUUGGGUCAAUAAUCCAAAGGUCAUUUUCAUUCAGCCCUGGAGUAUGUUUUUCUGUACUCCUAAGAGGCAUGUUCGCUGUUUUGGAAAGUCACGGUACUGCAGACUCUGUAAUGAAGCCACCCAAGGACGUGGAACAUCAUGGGCCUCCCCAGGCUUCUAGCCUGGACCCCUCCCUGCUCCCCUCUCUGGUUUACUUCUGGUUCCUUCGACUGAAGGUUUUCAGAAUUAGGGACCUUGUCGUAGUUUUGUAUGCCCAGAGCUUAGCAAAGUGCAUGAUACACAUCGGAUUUUAAGAGAAGAUCAGAGAAGGAAUGAAAACACCUUUAGUUUAGAAGAAAAUUUUUUUGUUAUGUUUGGGGUGAAAGGUAAUUGGGUAAUUCAAAGCAUUUCCCUCAGUUCUGAAUCUUAAUUGCCAUGCUCGUUGCUGGAGCAAUAAAGAUAAGAUACAUUCUAACAGGGAAAGAAGCAUUCUGUAGAAAAAGGCACUGCCUCCAUAGGGCCUGGGACUUGGGGUGGCCCUGGAUCUGGCGACGCUGGGGCUGGCGUUGAAGGGCGAGCUCAGCAGCUCUUGGAAAAGCGGGGGAUAAGAUUUUAGAGCAGGGUUUGCAGUUUUGGGCCUGCUCCCGGAGCUGACUUGGAGGCUGUCCAGGGAGUGCCUCAGUUGGUGAGGCUGCAAAGCCGCUGUGGGAGCUGUGUGCAAGGUUCCGAGCAAGCUGUUCCCAUCGUUGGGAUUUGCAGGUAGAUUGUAAAUGAACAGAGAUGUUGCUUAUUUAGUCUACUCUUUUUUUUUUUUUUUAAUGGUUAUUGGAGUGUAGUUGCUUUACUCUGUUGUGUUAGUUUCUACUGUUAUUUAGUCUACUCUUCACAGGCUGGAGAGAAUUCGGCCUCGCAGUCAGUAACUCCUUCUUAUUAAGGCAUGGGCUUGGGUAGUCUUUCCUCUUGAGUCCCAGGCCCUGCUCUGUGAUAUGGGAUUGCAUCUGCUCCUCGUGGGGUUGUUGUGAGGUGUUGGAGUGAGUAAAGGCCCAGUGCUGGGCAUGACGUCCACAUCUGCAGUCCAGUGGGGGUCUGACAUCACGUAGUUGGCAAGGCGGGGAUGGGUGGGCCGCUUGGGUGGAAGGGUGACAACUACAGAGUUCUAGGUAUUAUUUUUACUACUACUUUUAGAAGAACUCUUGCUAAAGAUAAUUUUUAAAAUGCAGGUAAUGUCAAGAUGAAAGUAAUAAUGACCUAAAAUCAUGCAACCUAGAGAUCAGCCCGUUUUUUUUCUCUUUCCCUCAUGACUUUCUAGGCAGAUAUGAGAAUACUUUUUCUUCUUGAAAGCAAUCCUCUGAUGGACAUCCUUUUCUAUGUGACAUACAGGCCUAUCUAAUAAUUU